AUGGAUUCUUUUGGCUUUGACUUCGCUGGCGGCGACUUGCUAGAUUUGGGCUCGCUUGGAUCGUGGACUAAUAGCACACCAAUGGGCAAUUCACCCAAUGGCGGAAGUGGUGGUGGCGCCUUGCCCUUUAGUGUGGGCACUCCUACGGGUGUACAGAGUCUUGGAGAUGAUCCUUUUGCUUCUAUGCCUACUGGAGGUGACAAUGACUUUAACUUUGGGGACUCGCCCAAGCCUUCGCCGAGUGCACAGACCCAAAAGGCCGUGGACAAUACGCCUAUAAACUCAUCAGCUGCAAUCCCUGCAUCCUUAUCGUCCGAUUCGACUGGCAGUGGUGGUGGUGGUGGUGGUGGAGAUAUGGCUGCCAACUACUUUGGCGCAGAGCUUGAAGCUAGUGGUGCACCCAUGUCGGCCACGGAAGGCACGUCAUCUUCCAAGGGGAUGACUACUACGUCCUCAAUUGGAGAUAACAAGUCUAAAACGAAGGUCAAGCAUGAGACGGACGCACACGCUACGAAGGAAACUAGCAGCGCAUCGGCGUCUGUGCCAGCUUCGACAUCUCAUUCUGCGUCUUCAACUUCCUCGAAGGCUGUAUUACCGUCGUCUGCGUCAGCGCCUGUCAAGGAGGCUACAUCUACGGGGACUUCAUUGGAAAGAUUGAAGUCUUCCUCGUUUAAUUCUACAUCUACGGCGCCACGAUCUGCGCCAGGCAGCGGAACUGUUUCUUCGGCGCCUAUCAGUAGUAGCAGCGCCACGAGCAUCAGUUCUGCUACGUCUACGCCUUCUACGACGUCAUCUGUGCGGCCGCAUAUUGGUAAUCAGCAGCAACAACAACAGAUGCAGAUGCAAAGACAGCACCAAUAUGCCAACCAGAUGAUGAUGACCCAACAGAACGUUCAGCCUCAGCAGUUCGUCGGACAGUCGUUCCAGCAGCAAAUGCACGCGAGUCAGAUGCCUGGAGGCGCGAGCAGUGCUCCACCUACGAGUGGUCCUGGCCAGUAUAUGGGAGGCCAACCUGGUCAGAGCUAUCGUCCUCCCACUUCGUCAUAUGAAGAAGAGUUUGCGCGGGUGAAGGCUAUGAUGAUGCAGCACCCCGACCUUAUCCCUCCACCGAUGGAGGUGCUUCGUAUCUCGAUGAGCCAAAGCGCUGCCAGUCAGCAGAGUAUGGCUAUGGCUGGAAAUGCUUACAUUCAGCAGCGUGGUAAUCCGGCUGUGGCCCGUGGAGGUGCCCCUGGUAAUGCGGCAUACGGGCAGUACGGAAACCCGAAUGUGAUGAUGGGUGGACCUCAGCAAAAUGCACCACCGACAGGAAUGAUGAAUGCGGCACGAAUGCGCGCGGCGCAAAUGGCGCAGCAGCAGGCCCAACAGCGUUCUUCGGCUGGCCGAACGCCUAGUGGCAGCAAUGACGCACAGACUGCAUGGCAAUCUGAGAAUGACCUUCCUCUGCGACGGAAGAUGAUUGGCAAAAUUGUCAGUUUGUUGCAGCAACGAAAACCCGAUGCACCUGCCGAAUGGAUCCGGCGGUUGCCAGACAUGGCUAGGAGACUAGAGGAUUCAUUGUACCGUACUGCAAAAAAUCGAGACGAAUACGGGGAUUUUUCGUCCCUGAAGACUCGACUCCAGCAUUUGGCAGUGACGAUGGGUGCACGUGCACAGCACAAGGCUGGUGGAAAUCCUCGCGCUGCAGGCGCAAGUGGCGCACCGGUUAGUACGGGUGGCACGACCGGAAACAAUGUGAUGAUGACUGCCAACGCCCCGCCAGGCAUAGCUAUGAAUCCGGGCGCUGCUAGUUUGGGCCCUCAAGGCCAUGUCGUAGGCAAUAUGCCUUACGGAAACCGAAUGACUCAGCAGCAAUUGAUGCAACAGCAACACUUGCAGAUGCAAAUGCAGCAGAACCCCCAAAUGCGGCAGCAGCUUACUCCACAACAGUUGCAGCAAUUCCAAGAAGCUCAGCUGCAGCGACGGCAGCUUCAAAUGCAGCAGGUACAGCAGCAGGCUCAAAUGCAGCGCCAAAAUACGCUGCAACAGCAGCAGCAGUACCAACAGAGUCAAGCACUACAACGGCAGAACUCAAUGCGUCAAAUGCAGCAACAGCAGAUGCAGCAGCAGAUGCAACAACGCCAGAACCCGAGCUACAUGCAACAGCAGCAGCAGCAACAGCACCAACAGCAGCAACAGCAACAACAGCAGCACCAACAGCACCAACAGCAGCACCAACAACAGCAGCAACAACAGCAACAACAACAGCAACAACAACAGCAACAACAGCAGCAACAACAGCAGCACCAACAACAGCACCAACAGCAACAGCAGCAUCAACAGCAGCAUCAACAGCAGCACCAACAGCAACACCAGCAGCAACAGCAAGCUCAAGCUCGCGCGCAAGCCCAAGCUCAAGCCCAGCGGAGUGGUACAGCAAAUGGUGCUGCGAAUCAGCAGCGUAUGAAUGGUGAUAUGAGUCUUGGUGAAUCUUCAGACUUUUUGAAUUUGGACUUGUCGUCGUCAUUGCUGGGGUCUGAUGACCUACAGAGCGAUGGGAGUUCAGGUCUUGCUGGAGGCGACGCAACGAAAAGUGGAAACAAUGAUUCUGCUCACGUAGUAGGUCAAAAGCGCACGCUUUCUCAAUCGCAGCAGCAAAUGGCAGCAGCGGCAAAUGCGGCUGCGUUCAAGCGGACAAAAGUAGGAGGAGGUGCCGGUCAGCCGGGGGCAGUCCCGAAUCAGCAGCAUUCUGGUGCAGCAAAUUCUGUACCUCAAGUCUCACAGCCCUCGCAUGCAGUGAUGCAAAAACCCGUGACUAGUACUAGCGGCUCUUCGAAGACUCCACCGAUGAGUACAGUUAACGCCAAGUAA